AAAAAAAGACAUAAACUGGACAUGGCAUAAAACCACCGGUUGGAACGAUCUGACCUCUAGGGUUUUUGAAGAUCCUCGCCGUCGCCGCCAUGUAUGGGAACUCCGGCGAGGGCCCCCCGUGAGGCGGCCGGACACCUUCCCUGCAUCCUCCAGGACGCGGUUAGCAGAGUCUCCACCGCCCAGAUCCUCCACUCGUCCGGCUACACCGCGGCGGAGCCAGCCGCCCUCCGCGCCCUCUCCGACAUCGCCGGGCGCUACGUUGCCUCCCUGGGCCGCGCGGCCUCGGCCAUCGCCGAGGCCCGCGGCCGCACGGAGCCCAACCUCGCGGACCUCACCCUCGCGCUCGAGGACCACGCGCUCGGCGGGUUCCCCGGCGCGUCCGACCCCGCCCGCCCCGUCCUCCGCUCCGGCGCGCUCUCGGAGCUCGCUGGCUUCGUCCGCGUGGUGCGGGAGGUGCCGUUCCCGAAGCCCGUGCCGCGGAGGGGAGGGGCCCCACGCGGCAAGGCGUGGGAGAGCUUCGCGGCGGCGGGGAAGGAGCCUCCGCCGAAGCACGUGCCGCGGUGGCUCCCGCGCUUUCCCGACAAGCCGGAGCCGGAGCCCGAACCAAAGGCGGCGUACGACGAGGCGACGGCGAGGUGGGAGGCGCGCGUUCGCCACGAGGAGGAGGCGAAUGCAGAAGAAGCGGUGGUAUUGAAGCCGAGCGUUGAUGGCGGCGGGGAGCGCAGGGGAGUAGUACCGGAGAAGAGGGGGAAAGUGAGCUUCCGCGUGCGGGCGGAGAGGAAGAAGCGGCGGGUGGGAUUGGACCAGCAGUGAGGCGGUGGCUUCGAACGGUUCGCGGAGAAUCGAGAAAAAUCCGCGGCAAUAGUGCGGGCGGCGAGCAACCACCGCUCGGCCGUGGCCGUGGAGAAUGGAGAUGGACGACACGCCGCGGCGUUGCCCGGUGACCCCUGUCCAGUCGAGGGGUUGAAGAAGACUUGACGAGUUUUGGGCUCUGCCUGGGCCACACGUGGCGCCUAUAGGCUACUAGCCCACGAGCCACCUGCCGUCGUGGCUGAACUGGCCGAAAAGGUCAAGUGUGUGGGUGAUUGUACAAGUUAUAAUUGAGUUGCCACAGUUUAUCACAAAUUUUGGCUUUAGUUUGUUCACGCGGUGAAUUUGUGGCGUAGAGCUGGUGGUUUCAAAUUUCACAGUACUCUGCUUGAUAUACUAAAAGAUCAAUUUCUUGUUUUUUGAGGACGUCU